GCCUGCAGUCCACUUUAAUAUAUUUUAGACAUCGAUUCGAGCCGGUUGAGUUUUAAAUUUCUGUCCCGCCUAAUAAACAUUAAACAAUAAAAAGACACGAUGUCGCUUCUAACUGGCAGCGCCAAUGCGGUGAAAUAUACGCUCUUUGGAUUUAAUUUGAUCUUUUUGAUCACUGGCAUUAUUCUGAUCGCCGUUGGAGCUGGCGUUGGAGCCGUCUAUACCGGCUAUGAGCUCUUUUUGGCCGGCAAGUUCUUCUCAAUUCCCACCUUCCUGAUCGUGAUCGGUUCUUUCAUCAUUGUGAUCUCGUUCUUUGGCUGCUGGGGCGCAUUGAAGGAGAACUACUGCCUGGUGCUUAGCUUCUCGAUCAUGCUGGCCAUCAUCUUUAUCCUGGAGCUUGCGGCCGGCAUUAGUGGCUAUGUACUUCGCACCGAUGCCUCCGAUCUGAUCAAAAAGUCACUAACCGCCUCGAUGGGUGAAUACAAGAGUCUAGAACAGAAUCCAACCACAAAGCUCUGGGACGAUGUGCAGCGUGACUUUGACUGUUGCGGUGUAAGUUCCUACAAAGAUUGGAGCACAACGCUUGGUGAUAUCAACCUGCCAUUGUCCUGUUGCGACAUUCCGGUGGGCACGGUUGGCAGCUUCGAUUGCACCACCGCAGUAUCCAGUGCGGGCACUCGCCACAGUAAUGGCUGUCUCGAUGGCUUCUCGGACUACAUUGCCGCCCACGCGGUCAGCCUGGGAGCAGCGGGCGUGGUCAUUGCCAUUCUGCAGUUCUUCGGCGUUAUCUUUGCCUGCUAUAUUGCCCGGGAGAUCAAGAUCCGUAAUGGCAUAACUGGAUUUAUAUAAAUCAAGAAACAGUCGGUUGCUAGAUGAUCCGAGUGCGGCUAUUUAACUUUAAGACACUGCUAAAUUUGUUUGAUUCUGUGUAAUGCUUAAAUGAAUAAAAAAUAUAUAUUUAAUUGGUAC